UGCGCGGUGUUCCAGGGGGGACAUUUUAUCUGUGGGACGUUUUCCGGUCUAGCUGUCUGACUUCCGGUGGCCGUUUGUGACUUCCUUCCAGACGCUGUCUAACGUCUUUAUUCCAUGGCCAACAUGUCAUUAUUAAAGACACUUCGAUUGUUUACCUGUUUGACGUCCUCCCUGCAAAGUGUUCCUCUGCGGCUAAACUCCAACAGAGCUUCAGUAGCCCGCUGCAACCGACACAAACAUGAACAUAUGUACUCCGUCAUGCUGGUGAGGACCGACGGCUCCACCAUCAACGUCAGAUACAAAGAACCCAGACGCAUCCUCAUGAAUAAAUGGCCUGGCAACAGCUUCAAUCUAUUCUUACUUUCCCUUUGGAAGAUGCCAGUGGAUCUGUCCACUUUGUCUGAGGAAGAACGUCGCAGUCGCCAGAAAAAGCGAGAAGUGAAGAAAGUGGUUGAAGAGACGACGAUCCACUACGAGGACGACUUCCAGGCGGAUAAAUACAGUCAGUUCUGGAAGAAGAAAUGAAAAGGAAGAAGAAUCUUCAUCUGUCAAUAUUUGUUUUGGUCUUGUUCUUCCAAAUGAUUAAAUAUGGAUGACAUUGC